ACUUCUCCUCAUUUAGACCGGCAAACAUUCAUGUUGUUGGACUACUGCUGUCGCUGCUGUGGAGUCACACUCAUAAAACGCCAUGGACCCUUCUCCCUCAAGACUACACCCAGCGACACCUGGGUUGUUCUGCAGAAUCUGCUAAUGUGCAUGGUGUGCUUCUACUCUCUCUAUUACAUUGUGGUCAGUCUUUGCAUUGGACUCUUCAGGGUUCACGAGAUCAACAGCUUGUUAACGCCAUUUGACUACACGACACAACCAUCAUGGCAGAACCCCAAAUACUUGGUUGGGGUCAUUUCCACAGAAGUGACUUAUGUUUUAGGAGGGCUGGUGUUCGCGUGGAUUGUGGAGGAGUGGGUCUGGGAUUAUGCAAUAACUGUCACGCUGCUGCACGUUGGGAUGACUGUAGCAGUGAUGUCAGAUUUCCCUUCUGCCGAGCAUUGGUGGAUCGCUCUGGGUUCGGGCCUGGUCAUGAUGAUAUUCGGAGGACAGCUCCUGGCCUACAAACUUUUCAGGAACAACUUUGUCUAUCCUGCUGAACUGCAGAACUUCUAAUAAAAACAAGGAAAGCUUUUAAGUGGCUUAAUGGGUAAUCCCAGGUCAGAAGUGUGCCAGUCAGUUCUCUUUCCGCUUCACUGUUUAAUCCAUGUUUAUAAUGGUGUAGCAAAGUAAAGCCUUUCGAAUAAGAACGUAAAAGAAAACGUACAUGUAUAUUGUUUGUAUUUCAUAACAUGGAUUAGGCAGUAGGCUGCUCCGAACUGUUAAAAUGGCUUCACUUUGCCUAUUG